AUGAAUUGUCUCUCCCAAAUGCUCAACAGAAUGGUCUCGGAAGGGCAUAUGGACUAUCAUCACAACUGUAGGAAGAUCAAGCUCACACAUAUGUCUUUUGCCGAUGACUUACUGAUUUUUGUUGAAGGCUCCAUCGAAUCGGUUCAGGCGGUUAGCUACCAGAAAACGAGUUUCUUUGCUUCAGGUCUUACGGAGGCAGAAACAUCAGCGAUACAAGUUUCUACGGGGAUGAAGUGUGGCUCCUUACCGAUGAAAUAUCUUGGUGUCCCGCUUUGUACCAAGAAACUAACCCUUGCCAAUUGUGAGCCUCUCCUUCAACAGGUCAAAGCUAGGUUCUCCUCCUGGUCAUUAAAAGCCCUCUCGUUUGCUGGGAGACUGUUACUGAUCAAGACAGUUAUCUCUGGAAUAACAACCUUCUGGUGCUCAUCCUUCAUCCUGCCAAAAGCUUGUGUUAAUAAGAUAAAUUCUCUCUGUGGAUUGUUCUUAUGGUCAGGGCAAAGCGAGGGCCAUCAUUCUGCAAGAGUAGCAUGGGAUAGAGUCACUCUCACUAAGGAACAGGGUGGGUUGGGAGUUAAAGACUUACUUGUUUGGAACCGGGCUUGUUCUCUGAAGUUGAUGUGGCUGCUCUUCUUCCGUCCCUCAUCGGUGUGGGCAGCCUACUUUAAAGAAGUCAUUUUAAAAGGAGAUAUCAGCAACUUCUGGUCAAUCAAACCCAGUUCCUCAUACUCAUGGUUAGUGAAUAAGCUCAUUAAAACAAGAGAUCUCUGUUACCCUUUGAUCAAGCGUCGCUUAGUAUCAAGACUAGGCAUCCGGAAAUCUGCAACGGUUGCAUCCCUAUACUCCGAGGGUAGAUGGUCUCUCCCUCCUGCUAGAACAGAAAAUCAGUUGGUCGUUCAGAUACAUCUCACUACUAUCUCCCUAUCGCAGUGUGAGGACUAUUUUGAAUGGGAGAUUAAUGGAAAAAUUGAGGAAAAGUUCUCUACUGGCUCGGUUUACACUUAUCUUAAAGGAGAUGUCCCAACUGUUCCUUGGUCAUCAAUGAUUUGGAGCUCCUAUGGUAUCCCGCGACAAAACUUCCUCGCGUGGCUAAUGAUCCAGAACCGAUGUCCAACGAAAGAUCUGUUAGCUCCAGGAAUGGAGCUGAGCUCGUGUGAAGCAGUGAAGUGUCACGCAGCUGAGUUGGAAGAUCGUGACUUGAGGAUAAGUCUUGGAGGAUCUUCAGUUGCAAGAUAUGAGGAAGAGAAGAUUGCACCUAAGGUAUAUAAGGAAGUGAGAGGCAGUUGGCCUCGUUACGGGUUUUAG